AUGGCACUCGUCGAAGAAGCGAAGACUGGUGGGAUUCGCCUGGCGGUUGAAGGCUGUGGCCAUGGAACUCUUCACAAUAUAUAUACUACUGUUGAAGAGCGUUGCAAGUUCAGAGGCUGGGAUGGGGUUGAUUUACUCAUCAUUGGUGGCGAUUUUCAGGCUGUGAGGAAUCAAUACGAUCUCAAUGUGACCUCAAUGCCCCAGAAGUACCGUCGCAUGGCCGAUUUCCACGAGUACUACAGCGGUGCUGUGGUUGCGCCAUAUCUGACCAUUUUCAUUGGUGGCAACCACGAGGCAAGCAAUCACCUGUUCGAACUGUACUAUGGUGGUUGGGUCGCUCCCAAUAUCUACUACCUCGGCGCUGCAAAUGUCCUACAAUUUGGGCCACUCCGGAUCGCUGGUCUGACUGGAAUCUGGAAAGGAUAUGACUACAACAAGCCUCACUUCGAACGCCUACCAUACAACCAAGAAGAAAUCGGUAGUAUCUAUCACGUCCGCGAGCUGGACACUAGAAAAUUGCUAUCUCUCCGUUCCCAAGUCGACAUUGGGCUUUCACAUGAUUGGCCACAGGCUAUUGAGAUGCAUGGAGACUAUCAACGUCUGUUCAAGUACAAGAGCUUUCUCGAGCCUGAUUCAAGAUCAGGAAAGCUGGGAAGUGUUGCUGCAAAGCGAUGCUUAGAUCAUCUUCGUCCGCCAUACUGGUUCUCUGCCCAUCUCCAUACAAGAUUCGUCGCUACCGUCAACCAUGGCAACAAUCAAGAAAUCCCUCAUGCUGUGACCAAUGAUGCACGCAGCAUUGCCUCUCAGUCCAGUCUCAACAGCAUGAACGCAAACAAACAACAGGGUGUUGCGCCCAGUCCACGAUCCGCUUUCAAGAAUGUGGAUCAGCAGCGUGUCUCAGCAUGGCAACAAUUUGGGGUUGCUGCAAAGAAAGCUGACGCUGAAGAGGCUGAUCAAAUCAAGCGGGAGCAUGCAGCACGUCGUGGGGAAGAGGAGCGUACCGGAAUCCGUCAGGGUCCUCAGUACGACUUUAAUGAAACCUUUCAUCAGGUUAAAGGCGAUGGCACCUUGGAACGCACUUUGAUCAGUACGACGAAUCAACAAGUCCGCAAUCGCGAUCUUCCACAGAGCCCAGAACCUAUAUCUAAUCUCGAUGGCUGUGGGUUCUCCAGACCAAUCAAGCGCCAACGAGUCGUCAGCCCCAAUGCCUCCGACAGACAAAAUCUCACAAGCCCAGAGACUGUACAAGACACUCAGGUUGGCGAUGCUGUUGCCACAAGCCACCCCCAGGUACAUACUAAUCCUGAUGCCAUUGACAUCGAAAUAAGCGACGAGAGUGACUCUGGAGUCAGAGUCAAUGAUAAAGUUGCUGAUGCGGCGCGUUCUUCUGUCAAAUUCACAAAUCCUGAUGCAAUUGACAUCGAUAUGAGUGAUUCAAGUGACGAUGGUGCUGAAGCCGAAGGCGGAGGUGCAGAACCGACCGGAAAAGCUCCCACAGCCGCCAACUCUUCCACGACCUUGAGUGGAACUGAACAAGCCAAAUCGAAGACUAUCUCUUUGAACAUGUCAGAAGCAAGCGAAGAUGGAGGCGUUAAGCUCAGUCCUUCCGUAUCCGUCUUCGACUCCACGCUGCAACCGAGCCAGAUAUCCACAUCCGACAGUCAAGCCAGCAAGGAGAGCAUCAUCCCCUCCAGGCGCUCAUCUGACUCUGAAUUAAACCCAGAAGCCAAAUCCUUCACACCAAAGGCAUCAACCGCCUCAUUGAGCGCUCCUGAAACCGUACCACAACCCAGCGUUGAAGAACCAGCAGAAACAAAGGUCGAGGAAAGUGAAGUUUCAGAAGAGAUGCGUGCCCAGCUGGCCGCCCUUUCCAGCAAUUUCACCCAACGCGAAGAGCCCAAGAUUUCAGCAUCUCUUCCCUUCCCAGAGGACAUCACCAACAAGACCACACACUUCCUCGCCUUGUCCAAAUGCGAAUCAAACCAAGAAUUCCUCGAGCUCAUGGAAGUCAGCUCACUCACCAAGCCAGAUGCAGAAAUCAAGCGACCCCUCAAACUCUCAUACGACCCAGAAUGGCUUGCCAUCCAACGAGUCUUCGCACCCGAAUUGACCCUCGGCGGCACCAGCAACGACCGAAUCCCCCCACAUCGCGGCGACACAUACUACCACGAACAGAUCGUGAAGGAACAAGCCUGGAUCACCGAGCACGUCGUCAACGCCGGCCGUCUCGAGGUCCCGGAGAACUUCACCCACACCGCACCCAUGUACGACCCCGAAAUCCAUGUCGACAGCACCGACAUGCCGCGCGAAGUGACCAACCCUCAAACCUCGGCGUUCUGCCAACUCAUCGGCAUCGAAAACAAAUUCGACAUCAGCGAGGAGGAGCGCGACUUCCGCGUCCAGCAAGGCCCCAGGCCCGAGAGUGCCGGAUAUCUCGCAAGCCGUGAUCGACCCCGUGGCGGACACCGCGGUGGCGGUCGUGGAGGUGGUGGGCGAGGCGGACGAGGCGGUAGAGGUGGAGGUCGCGGCUCAGGCGGUAGUUAUAGAGGUCGUGGUCGUUGGUAG